AUGCAAAACUUUUCAGCAGAAAGUAUGUCUGAUCAUAAAUCAGUUCAUUUUAAUAAUAUUCCUAUUGAUACUGUUUCUGAAAAAAGCAUAUCUAUCCAAAAUGUUUCGAAUCACAAUUUAACUUAUCGCGUUUCAUUAAUGUACAUACUCAAUAGCAUUGACCAAGUUUUUAAAGUUUCCAUUACCUCGAACCCUGUAAGCCCUUUCGAUUGGGCCGAGGUAAAAAUUGUCUUUAAACCCAAAACUGUCGGACAAUCAUAUACUGAUUAUUAUAUAAUAGAGGACACAGGUGGAAACACUUGCAGAUUAACUAUAACAGGAAAAUGCUUUGGACCUAGAGUAUAUCUUAAUAAAAAACAACUUGUAUUUAAAAUAUUGAAAAAUGUAAAUAAGCAAAUACAAGAGACUAUAAAUAUUAUUAAUAAAUCUUCUGUUGACGCUACUUACCAGUGGCUCUUACCUGUUGGAGGGCAAGGAUUUUUUCAAAUUUCAACUGGUAACUGUGGAGUAAUUCGCGCAUUUGAAAAAAUAAACACAACUAUCACAUUCUCUGGUAUAGCGCUUGGAUUUUAUACAGCAGAGUUAGUUUGCUUGGUUCUUAACCAGGAACCCUUAUAUUUAAGCGUAAUAGCAUCUGUAGUACUAGCCGGUACACCACAGUAUAACAUACAAGACCAUAUUUUCGAAAAGUAUUGGAAACGAAAAAGUCGAUCAACGCAUUUAAUGGAGAAUAGCUUAAAUCGUUUAAGCUACAUACCAUCAGCUUCGGUUUUUGACAGAUAUUUCGACUUUGGUACAGGAAGUGUUAAAGACAUGACCUUAAAUAUAUCAAAAACAUUGUGUGUUACUAAUCAUAAGCAGGAAGACGGUUGUAUACAGUGGCUUCCAGAUUCUGAUAAUGUUUUCCUCAUUGAUCCCAUUACAACUGUGAUUCCACCUAAUGAAUCCAGAUUGUUUACUGUAAGAUUCAGGCCAAAAGCUGACAACGAAGUUUAUAGCUAUUUAUUAUGUGGGGAUUAUCAGUACAAGAUAUACAAUGAAGAAAAUUCAGAUGUAAUUAAAAUCAAACAUACGUUGUUCAGAAUACCGUGUGUGGGCAACACAUGGUCUCCUUGUACUGAAUGGAGUACAGAAUGGAACUGUCCAGCAGAGAUAACUCUACCUCCCACAGUUCCUUCUCGAACGGCUUUUAGCAAUUUUUUACUAUCGAAUAAAUUGGAUAUACCCAUGCACUUCAAAUUAGUAACGCCACCAAAAACGAAUUUUGUCGUAAUGCCUAUGUGUGGGAUCGUAACAGGACGUGGUUGGCAAAUACUUACGGUAGCUUUUGAGCCACUGUUGUUUGGUGAAUACUGCGAAAAUUGGGACCUCAUUAUAAACAGAAAUCAAAAAGCUCGUAUAUGCUUUUUCGCUAGUGCGGAAAUAAGUCAAGUUGAGAUGAUGUCUCACGGAUACAAUCCAGAUACACACGCAAUGUAUGAGUUUCAACCGACAAUAACUGGCUGCACUAACUAUUGUACUGCAUACCUACAUAACCUUACUAGGAUGGAAAUACAUAUGCGGAUUCUAAACAACGUUUCAUGGUUGGGAGCUGAUAACUGUGGAUCUUUAGUGUUAUUACCUAAAGAAAUAGUUCGCUACCAUUGGUGGUUCUUCCCCAAAGAACCGAACAAAGUGUACAAAACAACUGUGACGUGUAGCUUUGUCUGUCUGAUCAACGGCAAACCAAUAGGUGAGCCAACUGAAGUAUUUGUUCAAAUAAAUGGAUUUUCGGAGCUACCGGAUUUAAGAGUAUUACCAAAGACUUUGAAUAUUCACGAUGCGUUGGUUGGAGAAAACGUGACGUUUAAUGUCACGUUAUAUAACUAUGGAUCGUGCUAUUUUACGUCGAAAUUGUAUCACACCAUAGACGGUAUGGGCGAUGAUUUCAAAGGAGAUAAAUUUGAAAUGGAGUCUUCGAUUAAUAGUCUGAAACCAUCAAAUCACUGCGAAGUAACACUGACGGUAACAGCAGACCGGGCCGGUUCUAGACAAAUAAAUAUCAAAUACACCGUUCUGUUUCGUACAGAAUAUGAGGAAGUGGAAGAGAUACAACCAAUAGAUAAAAAUAUUUGCACCGUUUGGUAUGAUGGAAUAUACCCAACUAUCAAAAUUAAACGUACAAUAUCAAUUAAGUGCCCUAUUGUUCUGAGUAACCACUGCGUCGGGAACAUAGUUAACGUAGAAGAACUGAACAAAGGUCUUCGAGAAUGUCGUCCCAAUAAACCAUUGAAUAUUAGUCUGCAUGCUCCUGACCUUUGUGUACGAUCUGAAGAGGUUGAAUUUGCGUUCGUUUUGAGUUGCAUAUAUUCAGUACCUGUGCCAUUCCGCUUUCGUAGGGAAAAAAUAUGCGAUUGCGAAAUGGUUGAAGUUCCAGUUGGUAUAUCAACGUAUGAGAUGAGACACACGUGUGUUCAUAGACCUUUGGUUGAAUUAUUUCCUAUGAAUGGAAUCGUUGCGCCUAACAAUCCUGUGUUAUUACAUAUGAGAUUUCAAUACACACUCAAAGGACGAAACAUACUCUGUUUUGUAUUAACUUUGCCUAACCAAAGAACUUUAAAUAUUUUUAUUCAUGUAAACGCACUAAUGAAUUCAAAAGGUAUUCUUAUUGCUUUACGAAGACAGACCAUUGUGGACGAUUAUUUAACCGUUUUGGAUUGUGGAAGAGUUCCCAUUAACAACUUGGACCCCGUAAUUCGGAUCGCAUGGCUCUAUAACCCAACCGAAGUUUUUACAACAUGGCGUCUUUUACGAGGGAACUCAGUUACGUCAGACCCAGUUAUACGUAGUCUACAAUACUUCGCGGAAGUUCCACCAAUGGAUAAAUUGGCAGUACCCUUUGCUUUCAUGCCAACGGAAAUGGUCGAUUAUGAAGUAAUUUUCUAUUGUUCAUUUGGAUACGAUACAGUGAAAAUUCUGGUCAAAGGACAGGGUGGUUUACCUAAUUGUAUUGAAACGAGGCUUGACAUACCAUUAUAUGUGGAAAAAAAUAUCCGGUCUACCUACAGACACAAUGUUGUCUCCCUUUCCAAAGACCAUCUUACCAUACCAAUAAUGCCCACGCACUCACUUUCAAGGGACAUUAUAGCUAUUAACAACGAUACAGAAAAUACUAUGAGAUUUAUUUGGUUGCCUGAACGUAUUGCAAAUGUUGUCAACAUUGUAAUGACGCCAUGGUGGGGUGUUAUCCAGCCUAAAAGUUCAGAGUGGAUAACAGUUACCGCCUAUUCUCUACAAGAACCGGCAACAUUUACGACGACAAUUUCAUGCGAAAUUUUAGAUUUGACUAAGCGCAAGCAGUACCAAAUGAACGAGAUACUGAGGAGGAAUAAAAUAGACAAAUGCAGUCGAGAAUUUAUUUUGACCGAGGAAGGACUUUCUAAUCCCGGAAUAAAUGACUGUCCACCUUAUGUACUCGAUAUCAAGAAGCCCAAAGCCUCAUACCUGGCUAUGACUAUAUCGAUUUCUUCACAGGGUCAACGAGAUGGAUUUCCAAGAAUGAAGUUAAAACAAAUGUGGGAGCAGCCUCCGCCAUAUGACUUGCUAUCAACUGACUUGAGCAAUUAUGGAGAUCAUUCAGAGAAUUCGACGGCUACCAACAUCGCAACGGGGGAUAUCAUAAAAAUCCUUGAUGGAAUAUUGUGGGACGCACUGCACAGUAAGAUGUUUAAAGCUCAUAUUGAGUUUUAUGCCAAGGAAAGUAUACCGACCUACGACCAAUUACUCAAAGUUACGAAACAUGAUGCGAAGAAGCUAAGUAGACGAGUAACGUCAGGAAUAUGCGAUGCUGUUGUCAAUAAGGCCGUAUUUCACGUUUACAACCUCAAAACAAAACAAGGGUUGUCAAUUUUGGAAGCAGAAUAA